UCGAUUAACAACUAACUUCUCUCUAGUAAGAUAUCUUGACAACUGGACAGUGAAUAGUGAAUGUAGAAUUUCAUAUAAAAGUAUAUGUACAAUGUAUAUCAUUUGGGGGCGUUAAGUUUAUGUGUUAUUUGCUAUGUUUUGCUAAAAAGUUACUGUACAGAUAAUUAACUUUAUUUCCUAUAAAUACAAUCCAUUACAAACUGUCAAAAAUUUCUAAUUUAUUGACAUUUGUUUGAAAGUGCUAAUAUGUAUACAUUUCCUGUUAGAAAAUACCGUGCCUUAGCUGCAGAACCAUAAGCAAUUUUUAAUGAUUUCUGUAGAAAAUUUCAACAACACAUUGGAGACAAAAAGUAUGGAAAACGUUAUGGAGGGUGUAAAUGGACAAUUACAAAUAAGAUAUCAAAAAAUUGCCACAGAAUAUUCAAAAAUUCGUGCUCAGGCAAAUGUUUUAAAGAGAGCUGUGAUUGAUGAACAAGCACGUAAUGCUGAUAUACGAGAGCAACUGAAAGAGAAGGAAGUAGAACUUCGCAGAGCCGAACAAGAAUUAGACAGUUUGUCAUUCCGAAAUCAACAACUAACUAAACGUAUAACUGUAUUACAAGAAGAACUUGACAAAGCACAAAAUAAAUCUAAAAAGGGAAAGAAUAAAUUAUCGGAAAAUAAUAGCCAGGUACUAACAUCUCCAAAUCAUAUUUUGGAUGAAGAAUUUCAAAAGAAAAUAGUUGAAAAUGCCCAGUUAUUAUCGCAAAUCAGUGAUAAAGAUAGCGAAAUUGAAACCUUAAAUGAAAGGAUACAACAACUAGAAUCUAAAUUAGAUUAUUGUGAAAAAUGCAAAAUUGAAUUAGAAUGUCAAUAUCAAAAUACUAUAGACAAGCUGGAAAGAGAAAGAAAUGAUUUACAAAAAAAGUUAAAUGAUAGACAAAAGCAAGAAGAAAAUGUAUCGUGGUCUAGUAACGAAGGUAAACGAGAUGGAUACGAAUCUGAUAAUAAGGUAGGACAUUCCAAUUUCCCAGAGGUAGAACCGUCUCCAUUUUCAUCGCCAUCUGUAUCACGUAGAUCGUUAAAGUCUAUUGGCGAAGGUCAUCCUAAGGUACAGGAAGAAAGUAACGACUUUGAUUUUUCAAAAUCGUGUGACCUAGAAAAAGAAAUUAACCAUUGGAAGGCACAAUAUCAUAUGCUUAAAAUAAAAUAUGAUGAGAUACAGCAAAAGGCUUGCAUAAGUAAUGUGCAGAUUGAACAUGAAUCUUUGCAAUCUGCAGAAAUAAAUAAUAUGCAGAUUGGAAAGUUAACAGUACCUUUAGCGAUACCAGAAGAAAUUGAAGCUCGAGAAGCAAAAAUCCGAGAUUAUUUUCUACAAGAAAUCGACAAAUUAAUAACAGAAAAACAUAUUUAUCAUGUGAAAAAUUUAGCUAUGGCUGCUAAUAGUGAAGUUCUACAAGUUCAUUUAGACACAAGCGAAUCAAAGAGAGAAAAAUGUGAAUCGGCUCUCACAGAAGCACUUUCAAAUUGUAAUACUUUACAAAAAGAUAAAGAGAUACAAGAAGGAAAUUAUAAAGCACAACUCAGUACUAUGAGCGAACAUCUUGCUAAUAUGAAUGAAAAACUCAUUUCACAAACGGAAGAAAUACAACAAUUAAAAUUCCAACUUGUAAAUAAGCGUAUGGUUUAAUAAUUUUCAGAACAGUAAAAAGGGAAAACAAAAGUGAUACAAGUCAGGUUAUAAAGUAACGAUUAUUGACAUUCCUACAACAAUGUGCUUUAAUCAGAAUUAUUAGUAAUUUGAAUUUUGUGUACAUAUGCAACUUAUGCCUGACAAACAGUAAUUAUUUUCCGUCAUAUUUUAACUAAUAUGCUAUGAAAAUUUUAAAAUUUCUCUUAAUGUUAUCUUAUUUAUGAAAGAAAUAAGAAUUAUUAUUGGUGUUUUAUUUAUGAAUAUUAACAACAAAAAUUAUAGGUUAUGUAGCAUCGAAAUAUACAUAAUACUGUCAUUUAUGUACAUUUUACAGUCUCAUUACAUCAACUGAUUUUUAUUUCAUAAGUUCAAACUUCUCCUUGUAUUUCAUGCAACAUGAAGUAAAUUAAAAUAUCUAAGUUGAUAUUCUCUUAAGUAUUUAAUAUAUAAUAAAUAAAAUAAUUAAACAUA